AACAACCUGACAACGGGAUCAAAUAUUUACCGUUAUUCAAUCAGAACAAUUGAAAUUUAAAAUUCAAUUGUGUUAUUACUUUUUCGUGUCGUUAAAUACUUCUCUUGUUUCAUGAAGAAGUUAUUCUAUUGAGAAAAACCAUUAAGCAAAGAUGGGAUGCAAACAAUCUAAACUCGCUGGCCGAAUUCAGCCUGUUGGACCGGCUUCUGUCAAAACAGACAAUUCUAAAAGAAACGGCAGAGAAUUUGAUGUAGACCACAAAUCUGGCAAGAAAAUACGAAAAUCUAAAUCACAAAAUAGUAAACAGUUCGGAUCAAGUGUAAGUCUGGACGAUGAUAGGUCGAUAGCAGAUUCCGAAGACAGAGGAUUCUCGGCUACUUCUAAAUUUUCUAAAAAGAGUGGAGAUUCUGGACUAGAAGCUGACUAUGCUUUUGUUAUUACAGAAGAUUCAGAUCCAGACAAAGUUCAACAAAUAGAACAGGAAUUCUGUGGAAAUGAAAACCUAGAACUUGCAUUGAAUGGAACUCCAUGCCCAGUUAGAACUAGUGCUAAAGAUCGAGAACGAAUGGAGGAAUCCAUGAUCCUACAGUCAUUACGUGAGGAAGGGUUGAUAACCAAACAACAGAAAGCAAGCACGAAUUAUGCUACGUUCGAAAUAGUUGCUGUCGACUCAACGGGUGAAAUUAGACCCCCGCCAAGAUUGGAAAAACUAGAACGAAGGAGAAAGAAGAAAAAGAUCCUAACAGAGGAAGAAAUUAGAGAAAAGUUGGAGAAAGCAGAGAGGAGAAAAAGGAAAAAGGAAGAAGAAAGAUUGAAUAAAAUCAAAGAUUUAGAGAAAUCCAAUACGAACAACUGUUUAGAACUUUUCAUGGUUUCGCAAAAACAAAAAGAGGAAACAGUCAUUAAAAAAUUAGACACCGCCGCUGAAAAUAAAGAGAAAAAAUUAAGGGAAAUGAGAGAAAAACAAUUGGAACGUGAAAGGCGAGCGGAGCGAGUACGACAACGAAAACAAUUGGCGCUUUUAGAAAAACAAGGACUUAUGGAGGAGGACAGUAAUAUACCACGUGGAAAUGAAUUAGAGUUUUGAACAUAAUCAACAUCAACGCAUCACAAAGGAAGCAUAACUGUGUCAUAUGACUCUUUCACAAGGUCUCAUAGACCCACGCUUGUACGGGUCCAGCCAUCAGUGUCGGGUCCGGGAAUAACUCAUACUUGUUUCCCAUUUGUGUUGUUUGCUCAGUAUUAAUAUUGUAUCCAUAUUUAUUCAGGCAAUUUCAGUGAACAAUAAGAACUAAUUGAUAGAAAAGUCGGUCAUUUUUAAUAGUAAUUAAAUAUGAUUGAUUUAAAAUCAACGUACAUUGUAAAGCCUUUUAAAGUAAGUAAUAUGGAAUACAAUUACCUAACAGUAUUAUUUAUUGUUCAAUGUAUUGCUAGAAGAUUAAAUUAUAUUAAUGUUUUAAAGCACGUAUUAAAUUAUAUGAAUAA